AUGAUUUUACCUCCCUUUUUGUUCAACCUUUGCGUUUAUUUGCUCAACAUGGCAUUCUGGCCGUACCCAGAUGUCCCGGAUUUUCUCCACGUCACAAAUGAGGCUGGCGAGACCGCUCCCUUAGUCCUCCCCAUCAUCCAGCCCUCCCCGGACGUCUCAUCUCGCCCAUGGAUACGUUACCCAUAUCAACUGUUACCCACUCCAACAUCGAUCCGCAUCCUUCGUCUCGACAUCAGUGACCAACUAGGCUCGGCUGCCGACCUGGUAACAAGUCCUGUGCGUGGCUCCAUUAUCGUGCGCGAUCUACGGGACGAUCCCAAAUACAUUGCCUUGUCUUACACCUGGGGCGAUCCACUCACACUCUAUGACGAGCGAGAUCCCGUAUCUCCGCCCAAUGAUUGGACCGCCCCAGCGUUCGAGAUAUUCUGCGACGGUCACCCGGUCUCCGUUACCACCAAUCUUUACACGGCACUAUUGAGCCUGCGGGCUCGUGCGGUUGCCGGCGAGUGGCAGACGAGUGUCGCGGGGCGCAAGGACAAGUGGCGCCCGGUAGGCCGUUCACCAAGUACGGAGUCCUCACCAAACGACCCGGAUCGUCUGGUCAGCGUCCAGACGUACGAUGUUUGGAUCGAUGCCGUUUGCAUCAACCAAGCAGACGUGGCUGAGCGAGCCUCGCAGGUAGGCAUCAUGCAGCACAUCUUCUCCCGUGCCAUUGUAGUGGUCGCCUGGCUGGGUGGCGACGACUCGAACUCACGCAGAAGCACCCAGACGAUGGGUCGCAUCCUCGGCAAGUUGUCUUCCGCGUCGCGUAUCAACAGUGAGAGCUGGGUACGCUUAUACGCCUUUCUCAACCGUUCCUGGUUCAAGCGCGCCUGGGUCGUGCAGGAGGCUAGGCUUUCCCGCCACGCAGUCUUCCUCUGCGGGCUGCGGUGUAUCUCAAUGGUUGAUGUCUUGCACACCUCCUUCGCAUUCCACUACUCCGUAUAUACGCGUGAUUUGAUUCUACAGGCCGAGGCGCAGGUUUCGGGGCACCGCGAUCCUGAGGUCUGGGGUGCCCCCAUUGAUUAUUUUGAGGAGGAUAUCCAGGUUCGUUUGUACAGGCCGCGACCAACGCCCGGUUACACCCCAAACGUCCUGCCGCACAUGUUGUUAAAUCGGGGGUACUGCGCCUUUCAUCGCCAGGACUACAGACCGAUAUCGUCUCUCGGGAAAGCCCUCGAGUUAUUUCGCUCCACGAUAGCUAGUGAUCCUCGCGACAAGGUUUUUGCGUUUCUCGGCUUGCUUAGUGAUUUAAGGUUCGAUCUAAAACAGUCCCCGCCUCUCACUUUCAGCAAGACCACCCGCGACGUCCCGGCGCCCGUCCCAGACUACACAAAAUCCGUGACCCAAGUGUAUACGGACGCAUCGGUUUACCUGAUGCAGUCAACUACCAACCUUAUCCAGCUUUUUGAGUUGAAGGAGCCCAGAUUCGAGGACGAAGCCGGAGCCUUGCCUUCUUGGGUUCCCGAUUUCUCGAUAGCAGCCCGCGGUGUAUUCGAUCUAUUUGAGCCCAGAUGCAUCAAAAUGUGGGCAACGUGUGGUAGUGUCAAAUCAAACUGCUUCAGACUAUUAGACGAACGUACCCUUCGCGUAUCUGGCCGGCGAGUUGCACACAUAGAGCACAAGGCUGCACAGGCUUAUAGCGUGGAUACCCUCCCCGAAAUCGCCGACCUCCUCACCCACAUACCCGAAGAGUCAGAGAUCCGAGCACCACGCUUAACGGCUCCGGUGCUCAGUUUUCAUAGUCUGGACAAGAGUGCUGAUAAAGCCCGUCUUCUACGCCUGAAGGGAACUCACGCAGGCCAAGUCACCAUCCAGUCACGGUUUGAGGUGCUCUGGCGGACUUUACUUCACAACAAGUGGAACGACGACAUAUCCAUGGACCUAUGGCGGGGCUAUCCAGCUCCUGAGGGUCUCGGAGAGGUAUUCUUAGCCCUCAUCAAGCAGGGUAUUACAAUGUUGCGCCUGCGGCUCUUGGAACCCAUGUUUGGCCACUACACAGAUUUUGCCGCGUAUUCGGGAAUAAUACUUGUGAAACACCCAUACCCUCGAUCCUUCUCUACAUGUACUGAGCGAAAUUAUUACGGAGAGAGACAAAAGCUGAUGACAGCCGCAUACGAGAAGUUCAAGGGCGAGCGCGCAUGGGAUGACGAUGUCGUCCCCGACCAGUUUCUCAUUGAUAUUGACGGCAUGUACAAAGAUAUACCCCCAGCCUUUCCGGGCGUGGGGUCCAUGUUGGCAUCGUAUGGCGACCCUACCACCGGCAAGCCAUCAAAUGUGCCCGAGCGACUGCUGCAAGGGUCCUCCAUCCCCUCUGGUCACCACAUUAAAAAGAGCGUUGAAUUGGUGGUAAGCCAGUACGGGUCCGACUGUCGACUCUUCGUAACUUCCACGGCGCGGCUCGGCCUUGGGCCCCACACCGCGCGCGAGGGGACGAGAUAUGGGUCUUGGAAAGCAGCGCGAUGCCGGUUGUGCUGA